AUGAUGACGCCUCAAGCGCGUCUAUACAGCUCCAACAAGCGGCCCUCAGACUAUCAGCAAUUUGCGCGUUCGUCGACAAGUUCAAUUUCGGGAGCCUCGGGGAUUAGUGGCAGUACGGCGGCCACGAGUAUGUCGAUGAUGUCCUCGGCGAUGAUGAUGAUGCAACAACAGUCUACGGCUUCGAGUCCGUCGUUGAGGUCGAGGGAGAGUGUCAUUGUGUCUACGCAGGGAAUUCGGCCGGCAAGUCCUUCGCCUGGUGGGAAUGUUAAGGUUGUGGUGAGGGUGAGGGGGUUUUUACCAAGAGAGAUAGAAAAAGGCUCGGAUUGUUUGAUAUCGAUGAACCCGUUCACACAAGCCACCACACUCCACGCACCAGAAGUCGAUACAUCCAAACCCCGAUCGCAGGCCCGAGGCAAAGUAUACGAAGACAAGACAUUUACCUUUGAUCGAUCAUUUUGGUCCCACAACGAGUCUGAUGAGCACUAUGCAGACCAAGAGGAAGUAUACAAUUGUCUGGGUGAAGAAUUUCUAGACCACAACUUUGAAGGUUACCAUACAUGUAUAUUUGCAUAUGGACAGACUGGAUCGGGUAAGAGUUAUACUAUGAUGGGUACACCAGAACGGCCAGGUUUGAUCCCGAGAACAUGCGAGGAUCUCUUUCAAAGAAUUGACGAGGCUCAAUCCGUGGACACUACCUAUCAUGUUCGGGUGUCAUACUUUGAAGUGUAUAAUGAGCAUGUUCGCGAUCUCCUAGUACCACGAACAGAUUCACCACAUUAUCUUAAGAUUCGCGAGUCGCCGACAGACGGGCCAUAUGUCAAGGAUCUUACGGAUGUCCCUGUGAGAAGCUUUGCAGAUAUAAUGAAACUAAUGAGGAAAGGAGAUAUGUCACGAACGGUUGCCAGUACCAAGAUGAACGAUACUUCGUCUCGAUCACAUGCCGUAUUCACUAUCAUUCUCAAACAAAUCCACCACGACUUGGCAACAGACGAGACGACUGAGCGAACAGCGAGAAUACGACUUGUUGAUUUGGCUGGGUCAGAACGUGCCAAAGCCACAGAGGCGACAGGGCAAAGACUCCGGGAAGGUUCAAAUAUCAACAAGUCAUUGACCACAUUGGGUCGUGUGAUUGCCGCAUUGGCUGACCCAAAGCAGCAACGACCUGGUGGACGAAGAGUUAAAGAGGUCGUUCCUUACCGUGAUUCAAUUCUGACAUGGCUACUAAAGGACAGUCUGGGCGGAAACUCGAAGACUGCAAUGAUAGCUUGUGUUGCGCCAUCGGACUAUGACGAGACUCUUUCUACCCUUCGGUAUGCCGACCAGGCCAAGCGUAUCCGCACUAGAGCUGUUGUCAAUCAGGAUCAUGUCUCUGCAGCUGAGCGAGAUGCGCAAAUUGCAGAAAUGGCCGAGCAGAUCCGUGUUCUUCAAUUGACUGUCAGUCAGAAUGCAGCAAGCAAACGCGAGAGCGAAGUCCAGAACGAGAAGCUAGAAGAAUAUCAGCAACAGGUCGAAAAGAUGCAGCGCUUGAUGGAAGAGACCAAGAUGGUCAGCGAAUGCAAGAUUCGGCAGCUCCAGACCGAGAACGAAGCUCUCCGGAAUCACUUGAGAUUGGCACUGGAUAGUUUGAAAAAUCCAAUUCCGGUUAUUCCACUACGCAAACGUGACACGAGCCUUGGAUCACUGCAAAGCGAGGAGGAACAACCUCUACCGGAGGCUCCAGAACGAGACCUGGUCACACCACCACCACCGGAGGAAGAAGAGGCCAGCGGAAUCUGGGAAGACGAGUACAGCUCCGACGAACAUGAUGAGGAAGCCCAUGAAGUCCAAGCCGAUAUGGAGAAUCUGUUGAACGAGCUCAGCCUUUUCAGACGGAAGCUGAAUGAUGACUAUGAGCGGUUUGAGAUUACCAAGACCAAAGACAGUCGAAAGCGGUAUCCAUUUGGCAAGCUUAUCAACAACGCCCAUUAA